UUGCAUCUACCAUAGUUCCAGCUUUAGUCUCCUAUCUCUUAUUCGAGGUCCGCCUAAGAUUUUAAUACGAAUACUCUGGUGCAUCCUUCUUUUAGGAAGGGGAGAUGAAAUGCUAAGGUUAGUAAUGCCCAAGAGGAGAGAUAACCUUAAGUUGCUUUAUGCAAUUGAGAGAUGCGUUUCCGGCAUCAUGCAAGCUAUCAGACACUUCAACCUCUGGUUCAGGAUCAAGGCUCAUGAAAGUAGAAGUGUGGUAGAACCUGCAACUACUGGAUCAAACGAUUCAACAGCUGCUAGAUCUAUUGAGAAAGAGGCAGAUGUUUUCACAUCUGCUUCACAAGCUCUCCAGAAUGCUCAACCAGCGCCAAUCACUGACGAGCACUAUAAGAGGAGUAAUGAUGCACUUGCUGCUGCUAGAGAACGAGCACUGGCUCGUAAGAGAGCGAAGGAGCAUCAAAUAUGAAGUAAGAUGCAGAUAUAAUCGUAACGUGCCAAAGCUCAGGGCUGUGUAAUACACUUGACCUUUGUUUUCACCCUGCAGCAUUUUCAGUUGAUGAUGCACGUAUCUCUCUUGCAUAAAUAUAAUCCUCUGGCUGUUGUGUGAUGAUUGAGCUUCUAUAGUCAAAAUAUCUGUAUAUCGACAUUCAGCUUCUAUGACCAUUCUGCUAUGCAUAAUCAGGAGAUGCGAGGUUAAUGGAGCCCAUUGUAUUUACUGAAUAUUUGUGCUCCCAAAAAAGAGAAAUACCUUGGCACAGUCAGGCUGAUGGCAACCUGUACCCUUUGGUGUGUUCCAUUGUAAUCUGUAGCUGAUGGAGGUUAUAACAUCAUUUAUGUAAUGACGACUCCAGCUGGUAGUUACUAUAUUUA